GAAGCGGCCUCUCUUUUCCUCCCUCGGUCCUUCCUUCCCAGGGUUCAAUGAGCGCUGUGUGGCCCCACCCCGUCUCUCUUCGGCGCUGUCUAUCUCCUCAAUGUAGGCUACUAUUAUCGGAGAAAGAGAAAGUGCGAGAGAGAAAGGAAAAAAAUUAUAACCUCCAAGAAUUGGUUAUUCCUCUCUUUCACCUUCCUCGAUCAGCGACCAGGAGGGGAGCGGCCUUCGCGCUGGGAAUGUGCUGCUACAACAACCCCGCGUCCUUUUUUUGUGAAUGUAUGCACAUGUAGUCUUAAGCCUGUAGCCAAUUUAUCCACCUCGGAUUUAACAGGAAUAUGUAUCAUGUUUGCACGAGUGUCUUCAUGUGUAGACAUAUGUAGGCCGUAUGCAGGCUAAAGAAACUGAGCCUGACAGCGGGGUUGCUUUUUCACCUGCAAGGAACGUGGAUGCAUUUCGAGGGAUUUACACAUCUUGGUCACGUUUCUUUUUUCCAUUUUUCUCUCUCUCUUUAAUGAUUAUCAACUUGAAUGGAUUAAUCGGGGCCCAGCACGAGAAUUUAAAAAAGAAUAGGUGCGCAGUUUUGGAGGCUCGUUGGUGAUGUGCGGGGCUGAUAACACAUUUCAGCAACAAAAGCUAGGGGUUGGGAGCGAAAUAAGGCCCUUUGGAGGAGAAAACACUGCAAGGAACAGCCAUCACAAAUAAGGAGGACAAUUCGGGGGGAACUGGUUCCUGUCAGGGUUGGAGGUGGUGGGGGACCAGUCGAAAAGACAACCGCAGUGAGUUUGGGACUGUUUAGGGUUGAUUUGAUGCAGCAAAUGAAAAGGAGCCGGAUGACGACGGAAGCAACGAGAGUAUCACACAUGUAGCUCGUUUGAGUGUAAAUAUUAUUUUCAACUUCCUGUCCUUUUGCCCCCCCGCCCCCCCGACGACUGUGACGGAGAUAUCGAAGUAUUGUACACCUAUGGAAGUGUUUAUCAUGCUAGAAGACGUGGUAACCAGCCGCGCCACAGCACUGGCGAGGUUUUCGGACAGGCCGACUUCGGCUUCUUGUCACGGGCAGCAGUGAGACGCAAGACCCGGGCUUUUCGGAGAUGCAAAUAAGGCUGUUAAGUCUGCCUCCGUUUGAGGUGAAACACCGAUUUUUGGUGUCCUAAGAGACGUUGUGGAUUUCGGUUCUUUGCGAGACACAGUUGACGAGGGGUACGAGUUGGAAAAUCUAAACUAUACUGCAUGUGAAGGAGGAAAAAAGCCCUAGCAGGAUUCAGCAAACUGAGAAGGCGGCCUUGGUGUCGUCAGCAACAGUAUCCUGCCCUUCUCUGACAGCAAAAUACGCGUUAUGGACACAUAAUUUCUACAGUGCUGCAAAACGCUUAGUUUUUGGAGCUGGCCAGGGACGUAAAAUGGUGUGAAUGAGGGUAACAUUGCAACAGAAACCGCAUGUCCAACAAGGAAUCUAGACCAAUGGGUUGUUUGGGCAACAGUAAGACCGAAGACCAGAGAAAUGAGGAGAAGGCACAAAGAGAAGCAAACAAAAAGAUAGAGAAGCAGCUCCAAAAAGACAAACAGAUAUACAGAGCAACACACAGACUACUACUUUUAGGAGCUGGCGAGUCAGGAAAGAGCACCAUAGUGAAACAGAUGAGAAUCCUGCAUGUCAACGGCUUCAAUGCAGAAGAGAAGAAGCAGAAAAUUCAGGACAUCAAGAAUAACAUUAAAGAAGCUAUUGAGACCAUAGUUACAGCUAUGAGCACUCUGACACCACCAGUGCAGUUGGCGUGCCCAGCGAACAGGUAUCGGAUUGAAUACAUCCUCAACCUCAUCGGCCAGAAGGACUUUGAGUUUCCCUCUGAGUUUUACGACCAUGCGAAGACACUGUGGCAGGACGAGGGGGUUAGGGCGUGCUACGAGAGAUCCAACGAGUACCAGCUAAUCGACUGUGCCCAAUACUUUCUAGACAAGAUUGACAUCGUGAAGCAGAGUGAUUACACUCCAACAGAUCAGGAUCUGCUGCGAUGCAGAGUACUGACUUCAGGAAUCUUUGAGACAAGAUUUCAAGUGGACAAAGUUAAUUUUCACAUGUUCGAUGUCGGCGGUCAAAGAGAUGAACGCCGUAAAUGGAUUCAGUGCUUUAAUGAUGUAACGGCCAUCAUCUUCGUGGUGGCCAGUAGCAGUUACAAUAUGGUGAUCAGAGAGGACAAUCAGACCAACCGUUUACAGGAGGCCCUAAAUCUCUUCAAGAACAUCUGGAACAACAGGUGGCUGCGGACUAUUUCAGUCAUCUUGUUCCUAAAUAAACAGGACCUGCUGGCAGAGAAGGUGUUGGCAGGGAAGUCCAAAAUCGAGGAUUACUUUCCUGAAUUUGCUCGCUACACCACACCUGACGAUGCGACCCCCGAGCCUGGAGAAGACCCACGUGUAACGAGGGCUAAGUACUUCAUAAGAGAUGAAUUUCUGAGGAUUAGCACAGCAAGUGGGGACGGGAGGCACUACUGUUACCCCCACUUCACCUGCGCUGUUGACACGGAAAACAUCCGCAGAGUCUUCAAUGACUGUCGAGACAUAAUUCAGCGGAUGCACCUGCGGCAGUAUGAGCUGUUGUGAUGUCAGAAGGAAGGUGUUCGGCCAAAUGAAACCCAAAACAUCGGAAUAUCAAAAACCUAAACCCUGAGUCUUGGAACUCCCCCCUUCCACAGAAGUGUGUGAGCUCAAUUGAAGGAACAGGGGCCAAACAUACACACACACACACACACACACAAAUACACAUGCACACACACACAAAUACACACACACACACACACACACACACACACACACACUAAACCCAGAACGUCCCUUGAUGCAAACUCUUGAAGAAAAAGCUUCUAAGAUGGAAGGGUUUGAUGGGUUAAAACAAAGAGACUCUGAUCUACAUCAUCAGCCAUACUCUUCAGCUCCUCACCUCUUGACAUCAUAUAUCAACCCCAAAAAUGUUACCGUUGCUGUCUAUAAACCUGACGUGGCUCAGCCUGGACUGUUUUGGCAGCAGUAGAGAUUUCCCUCUUGUUGAGGACAUGAUAAAACUGAGAGAGCUACUACUCAAGUGCCACUGUUGAAUUACUGCAUAUUAAGAAAAAAAAAACAUGUUACAGAUCAGCUGAACACUGUAUCUCUCACUAGUACUCUGCUCAGGACUUGACUCAAAAAAAAAAAUCAAGAUUGUAAAUCAGUCUAUCUUAUCACAUUCACACAUCCAUAAAACCAAUCACAGGAUCUGCUUGCACACUGAGACGUUUCAAACCGCUUUCCUGCGGACUCCAAAAUCGGGACGCAUUUCGAAACGGAAUAAUCUACCAUCAGGUGGGCAGGUAGGUUGAACCUUUUCCAGGGGCAGCGCUUUGAGAUUGAACGGACUGAGGGGAAGACUGCACAGCCAAGCCUGGAGUAGCAGUGCUACAAUGGACUAAGGGUGUGUUGUGAUCUGUCAGACCACUCGGGGGGGGGGGGGGGGGGGGGGGGGGUUGUUAAAGGCAAACAGGACUGAGCCAACUCUGAUGUGAAUCUGUUGACAUGAUUGAAAGGAAGGGGGUCCAUGACAGUCCCUAGACUUCUCAACAGAAGUGCUUGCCACCGGACUUUGCCUUGUUAGUAGCGGAGCAAAAUUUGAGGUGGACCAAUUGAGUUCAAACAAAAAAAAAAGCCACCUUCAAUGGGACUCAACUAACAGAGGGCAUAAAGCGUCCAGCGACAGUACCAUAUAAGUUAAAGAGAACUCUCAUCUUGUCAUGAUUGACCCUGUUUUACUGUCUUCACAGCUGUUUUUGUCUGUGUAGACUUUUGUGCCAUUGUGCCCUGUGCGCUCUCUCUUUAUCGUUAACUCUUUCAUCGUCUGUACGUCUCUCUUUAUUCGUCCUUGACUGUUCCACUCACUCUGUCUUCACAUUGCUCUUUCUCUCUUUUCAUUUCCUCCUUUGCUCCCCACUUCUCCCUCCCUCCCUCCCCACCACCACCACCACCACCUUCCCUUCCUUGCACCUUUUCCUCCCUAGCAGUGCUCUUUCAUUUGAGGAGAAAACUAUAAGUAUGAUAAUUACCCUGGAGUAUAAAAAUGAAGAAGACGACAACGACAAAUGGGACACUAAUUAUUUUUUAUGCCAUUCCUUUUCUCUUCCCCUUCCCACCCUUUUGCUCCUUUGUACGUGUCUUUACUUUACUGCUGAACUAUUAUUCUUGUACAGACUGUAAAAUGUAUUAUUUUGUACAACUUUAUUGAAAAGAAACUUUUAGAAGAUCCCUGUGCCUUGAUCACGACUGUACGUGUGUAAUGAGCUAAAGUGGGUGUCAUUCUGCGCUGUAUAGCUUGGCCAAUCCUAUCUCCCUUUCUCCAGAGCCACUUCCUCCUUCUCUUUAUUCUUUAUCCAUGUCUCUCUCUGUCUCUCACUGUCUCCCAUCCAUGGCCUCCUCUCUCUGUCUCUCUCUCACUCCCUCUCCUCGGGGCAGAGGACAACAUCGUAGCUUUUGUAGUUCUACAUCUCUCCCCUUUCCUUUCCAUUCUCUCUCUAUGAUUUAAAUGUCUAUUUUUGAAUCCAUAUACCCCAAAAAGAUAACUAUAUGAAAUGUAUAUGGGUUUUAAAAAAGUAUUUUAUUAGAAUCAAAUGAACCUUGACAAAUUGUACACUUGAUAGUGUGCGUAUUGCUAUAACUUAAAUCCUUUCAACUGAAGUGGUGUUCAGAUUUCUUUUGUUUUCUUCGGCCAUCAUGCUAAAGACAUAUUGAAGGGUUUUAGAGAUGCAGGACAUUGCUUGUUUCUAUACAUCUUAUUCUUUUGGUUAAAAAAGGCCAAAAAUGUAAAGAAAGAAAAAAAGAAGAAGAAUUCUCAGUUUAUUUUCUGAUGAACGAAGAGGAGGGGGUCCUCCUUCCUAGCCUUGCACAGCAGUGGCAGCCUGUAUAGUAUUAGUUGCUCUCUCAUUUCAGUGCCCUAGUCUUCAUUUAAUGUGAACAUCAAAUAUGGGUCUCUACUUUAUGAACAGAAGCUCUGAGAAAUAAAGUUGUUUUUUUUGGUGCAGACAGCAAGAGGUCUGUCAUUAUGCAUGUAAACACA